AUGAAAUGGUUUGAGCGUGCUCAAAAUCGCUUGCAAAACAUUCAACUAAAACCUAAAGAACGAGAAGAGUUUGAUAGCUUAAAUGUAGACUUUACUAAACAUUGUUUACAAUUUGGGAAUGCAGAUGAAAAAAGUCGCUUGAUUCGUUUUAGCAUGCCAUUAAUUCGACGCGGAAAUCAAUAUUGGUUUUUCCAUAAAUCAUUACGAGAUUACUUAAUCGCUUGUGUAUUGUUAGAUUCAUUUACUGAUACAUCACAGACAGCCCUCUUCAACAAGCACUCGAUUAUACCAGAACCUGCAAUUCAACAAUUUUUGGUCGAACGAGUCCAACAAAUGCCAAAACACAUACAAUCGUAA